UUUGUUUUUGUCAACCUAAAUCAAUGCAUUGACAGAAAUUAAAAAUAAACCAAAUUAAAAUUAUUAAUAAUGGCAAAUAAGCAAGACCCAAAGAGGGAUCCACCACCGGCAUAUUCAACAGUUGUGCCAGCACCAGUAAAUAAUCCUGGAACAAUUUCAACGAUACCAGAUGGACCACUUUAUCUUCCACCUUUAGUUAAAGGACAACAAGUACAAAAUGGUCCAUACACAGUCACCAUUACUGAUAGCAUGGUUGCACUUCGUGAUAGACAAAAUCAAGAAAUAUAUCGUGCUUGGUUACAAAGUCAAAGACGGAGAAAUUUACCCAUUGAUCCAGAUGAACCAUACAUUGAAGAAUUUAAAAAUUCAACUGUUAGAAGAAUAUUUGUUCAAAGAGUUUUUGGUCUUUUAUUUUUACAAUUUUUAUUUACAACACUUUAUAUUGCAUUUUUUAUGUUUCAUCAACCAGCUAAUAUUUUUAUCAAGACACACUGGUAUCUUUGGGUCAUUGCUAUGGUUGGUUUUAUUUUUUCUUAUUGUAGCAUUUCAUUGUCACAAUGUGGAAGAAGACAAUCUGGUUUGGGAAUUAUUUGUCUAUCAUUAUUGACUCUAACAGAAUCACAUUUGUCAGCUUAUAUUUCUGUUCAUUAUCAAGUUGAAGCUGUUCUCAUUGCUAUGGGAUCAACAACAAUUGUUGCAAUGUUUAUUGCCUUUGUUGCUACUUGUUGCAAAUUUGAUUUUACAAAACACACUGGAUUGUUGAGUAUUCUCAGUUUUCUCACACUGAUUACCAUGAUCCUCUUGAUAAUUACCUCAAUGUUUACACCUGUACCUAUGAUGAUGACGUUAUUUGGAGCUCUUGGAGCUCUUAUUUUUUCUCUGUAUCUCUAUUUCGACAUUCAAACAAUUAUGGGAGGAAGGACAAUUCAAAUAAAUCCUGAUGAAAUUAUUUUUGCAACGACACAAAUAUAUGUUGAUUUAAUUGGAUUAUAUAGGUAUUUGCUUAUUUUUGUUGGAGCCAGUGACAGAGCUUGAUCAUUUUUUUUAUUUUUAACUUGAAAAAAUAUAUCAAAUAAAUAUAUUUAAAAAGAAA